UUUGUAUCUCAGUAGUCACUAUACAGUGAGAAUUACUUCCUCACUGGGUAGAUAUCAAGGUUUGUUUCUUGUUGUCUUGAGUCUUCUGGUUGAGGCUGCAGCUGCCCACACUAACAGCAGAGCCUUCUGGAUUGCUGGCCACCUGAGGAAGGUCAGGUACUUUCGGCAGGGUAGAAUUUGAACCUCUGUGCUUGCCAUACCCAGGAAAUGCUUUCCUGCUUCCUCUAAAUGUACUUUUGUACUCCCGGAACUCUGGGGCAGUCCAGCUGCAGCUUGAAGGAAUUGGACCCUCCACCCUGAGACACUAUGGCCCAGGUCCCAGAAUUGAGUAAACCAACAACAUGGAAAGGGAUAGCGGAGAUAGCAGGGGUCCCCCUGUCAGCUGACACUGUGGACAACUGGAGCCAGAUUCAGACCUUCAAGGCCAAGCCAGAUGACCUCCUCAUUUGUACUUACCCUAAAUCAGGGACAACAUGGAUUCAAGAAAUAGUGGACAUGAUUGAGCAGAACGGGGAUGUGGAGAAGUGCCAGCGAGCCCUCAUUCAACACCGGCACCCCUUUAUUGAGUGGGCACGGCCACCCCAGCCAUCAGGUGUGGAUAAAGCCAAUGAGAUGCCAUCUCCAAGGACAUUGAAGAGUCAUCUUCCUGCUCAGCUGCUGCCACCAUCUUUCUGGACAAGUAACUGUAAGUUCAUUUAUGUGGCUCGGAAUGCUAAAGACUGCAUGGUUUCCUACUACCAUUUCUACAGGAUGAGCCAGGUGCUUCCAGAUCCAGGCACCUGGGACGAGUAUUUUGAAGUCUUCAUUAAUGGGAAAGUAAAUUGGGGAUCCUGGUUUGAUCAUGUGAGAGGAUGGUGGGAAAUUCGUGACAGACACCAGAUUCUUUUCCUCUUCUAUGAAGAUAUGAAGAGGGACCCAAAGCAUGAAAUCCAGAAGGUAAUGCAGUUCAUGGGAAAGAACUUGGAUGAAAAGAUCCUGGAUAAAAUCGUCCAGGAGACAUCAUUUGAGAAAAUGAAAGAGAAUCCUAUGACAAAUCGUUCAACAGUUCCCAAAUCUAUCCUGGACCAGUCCAUUUCCCCUUUCAUGAGAAAAGGAACUGUGGGUGAUUGGAAAAACCACUUCACUGUGGCCCAGAAUGAGAGGUUUGAUGAACUCUACAGAGAGAAGAUGAAAGGAACGUCUAUAAACUUCUGCAUGAAACUCUGAUCAAGAUGUAAAGAUAGAUGUCAAGAACAUGGAGCCAAAAGAAGCUCUAAAAGCACACUGUAAAUAAAAAAUUACCAAGGCAGCUUAAUAAUCUAAGGGAAACAAAGUUACAUUAAGAAGAUCCAGCCCUGUGUCUCAACCAUGCACUGCUUAACAGAAGAUUUGGGUAAACAGUGGAAUCUUUGCAAUCACAGACUCAAGCUUCUCUGUUCAUCACAGACUCUGGCUUUGUCCUCCUGGGGGUUUUCCUUUGUAUUCAGAAAUUAAAAUACCAGUACUUGAAAAAGAGUAUGGAAAGUAUACUGUUAGUUCAGUAACUACAAUAGUAUGUUCACAAUUUACACUUUGAUAACUUUAAUAAUUACUAAUUUUGGAACCAUAAAUAAUCAAGUAAAUGAAACAUUACAUCAGGAGUAUAAUUAAUUGUUACUUUGUACUUUCAUAGGCAUUUUAGUUUUAUUAGAAGUGACCCAUGAUUAUUUCACUUGCAGGUCUAUUUUCCUGCCAUGUCUAUAUGCACAAAAUUUAAUAAAAGAAGGUUUUAAUUACUUGA